AUGGUCAUCACAAAGUCCCGCCCAGCCCUCCGCUCCGCACCGAUCCCCGGAGCUGGCGUUGUUCGAAAGUCCAAACACACCAUGAACAACAACACCACCAUCUUCCGCCUCCUCAAAGUACCCAAGUACGCCAAGCGUACGGUCGCAACCAUGUGCGAGAAGAAGAACGAGACGCUGAUGGAGGAGCUCGGCCGGUUGAAGAAGGAUUGGAUGCAGCAGGAGACGGAGAUUGAGUGGUUGAAGAAGGAGUUGGAGAGGGCGAAGGGGGAGUUGAAGGCUAUCAAAGGGAGGGAUAGCAAGGAGACGGGCUAUGAGACGAUGCAUGGGUGGAGCAAGGGCUUGUCUCGGACCGACGAAGAGGAUCUGGAGGCCUUGUGGGCAUGUUAUGGUGGACGAUAG